AUGGCAUCGUCUUUUCAAAUCUUCGAAAUACUCGAUGUUCUCGAUAGUUUGAAGCAUCUGAAGCGAACCGGAUGGGUAAAUUGUGGAGUUCCUGAGCCAGAAACGGUAGCCUGUCACAUGUAUCGAAUGGCCGUUCUAGCAAUGACAUUAGAAGGACAAAUCGAUGGAUUAGAUACGGUUCGAGCCGUGAAAAUGGCGUUGGUGCAUGAUAUUGCCGAGUCGAUCGUCGGAGAUAUUACCCCACACUGUGGAAUUUCGAAUCAAGACAAGUUCGAUCUUGAGAGCCAGGCUAUCAAGAGAAUCGCUACAUACGUUCCAAACGUUGGUGAAGAAUGGAUAAUGCUGUGGAGAGAAUACGAGGAAGCGGCAUCGUUAACCGCUCGUGUCGUUAAGCAUCUCGACAAGUUCGACAUGAUCGCGCAAGCUGAAAAGUAUGAGCAGACACAUGGCAUCAAUCUUCAGCAGUUUUUCACAAGUACGUCUGGAGUUUUGACAAUGGAACCGUUUCUCACCUGGGAUCGUGAAUUGAGAGAGAAAAGGAAUCAACGAAUCAAUCAGUGA